AUCGAUCCAUCAUUCCGGACCAUGCUGAAGCCGAUCGAUGGAGGACGCUACGAGACCAAGUUCGAAAUUCUGGACAUGUACCAGUUCAAGGUGGACUCCGACCGCAGCUGUACUCUAAGACGCAGGUCUCACACCCAUUACGAGCGGUUCAUCCCGAGCAUCUACGUACUACGAGAUUACGGAACUGCUGGUGGAACAAGGGUUGAAGUGUAUUUCACUGCACGAGGCUUCCGCCAAAGGCAAGCCCAAAACUCGUUAAUCGUUGAUCAAGCGCAGCGCUUAAGUUACAAGACAAACCGACGGUGCUGGACCCGGUGCAAAGUAGGCAAUCGAAAACCGAACCUGCUACGGGCAAUUCACCCUACUUUAAAGAAUAUCGAUAAGUGUCAGUCGACAACAUCAACUACAAGAAAGUGCAUGGUUGCAACAUGA